AAAGCAAAGCAAGCAAAGCUGACUCGGAAGUCAACACAAAAGGAAAAAGAAAUCCCUUUCCUUUCGCAAAGCGACCGAAAGGCAAAGCAAAGUAAAGAAAAGAAUUCUCAAUUUUCGGACACUUAAGUUUCUUUCCUUUUCUUCUUUCUCAAAAAAAACAUAGUGACCGACUCAAAAUUAUUUCCAGAUAGAAACAAACGAGGGAUGGCUGGUGUGUCCAAAGAGACGCAGAUGUCGAUAGAAGCGUCGUCGAUGUUUCCAGGGUUUCGGUUUUCGCCGACGGAUGCAGAGUUGAUUUCCUUUUACCUCAAGAAGAAGAUGGAGGGAGCUGAUAAAUGUGUAGAGGUGAUUUCCGAGGUUGAAAUUUGCAAAUACGAGCCCUGGGAUUUGCCAGCCAAAUCUGUCAUCCAGUCGGAGAAUGAAUGGUUCUUCUUUUCUGCUCGUGGAAGAAAAUACCCAAAUGGUUCACAAAGUAGGAGGGCAACGGAACUCGGUUACUGGAAGGCAACUGGGAAAGAACGAAAUGUUAAGUCUGGCUCUCUUGUAAUUGGUACGAAGAGAACUCUUGUGUUCCAUGUUGGUCGUGCACCCAAAGGGGAAAGGACAGAAUGGAUUAUGCAUGAAUAUUGCAUGGAUGGUAAAUCCCAGGAUUCUCUUGUUGUUUGCCGCCUUCGUAGGAAUGUUGAAUUUCGUCCAAAUGACAAUUCAAACCGGACUUCUCUUAAUAGAAGGCAAUUAUCAGUUUUUGAAGGUGGUGGUGAUAGGGUGGGCGCAUCUGAAGGGGAGAGGACAGCUGAAUGCUCAAGAAAGUGUAGUAGCAAUUACGACUCUCAUUUUAUUGAGCAAUUGGAUUCUGCAUCUGAAUCUGAGCAGAAAUUAUCAAAUGAGGCUCCUUUGGCAGAAUCUUCUAGCCAACAGCAGGAGGAUUCUGAUAAUCAAGAUGAUUUUUAUGCUGAUAUACUGAAAGAUGAUAUAGUUAAACUGGAUGAAACUUCAUUGUCUGCCACUCCGGAGUUUCCAGUGAUUGCCAGAAAGCCUGAGGCUCAGACAGAAGCUCAACAGCCUGGGGAAUUAAUUGUUUCGCAAGCACUUCAUUUACAGGCGAUUCCUUUCCAACGAAAUGAGACUUCAUUUUCUGUUACUCCAGAGUUCCCAAUGAUUACCAGUAAGAGUGAGGCUCAGACAGAAGCUCAACAGCCGGUAGAAUUAAUUGCUUCGCAAGCACUUCCUUUACAGUCGAUUCCUUUCCAAGGAACAGCCAACCGAAGAAUCAAGUUACACAGGAAACGGUGCGGCAUGUCCAAUGCAGAGGCAUCUGAAAGCAACAUUGAUAAGUAUUCUGUCGAGGAAACUAAAUUACCAAGCUCUGAGGAGUUACCAAAAAGCGUGCUUGGUUUUUUCUCAGCUAGGAUAGGCAAUCACAAACUGAUUUCUAUACUUUUUAUUAUCCUGACUUUACUGGUUUUGGUACUUUCUUUGUUGGGAGGUUCCCAGCAAGUGAAAAGAAUCACAUAUGGAGCCCUGUACAGAGCUUUCUGGGAAUAUAUUGUGAGUGCUGCUUUAAUGAUGUCUAGACCUAUGCUACUCGUCUUUCUAUUACUUGUACUCAUAAUCACCUCGCAGUUUGAGUGGAGACAACAACUUGUAAAUGACAUUGAUUCCACUCCUGUUGUUAACCAGAAGCAGCAACAGAUAUCAAAGAGGGAAGAAGCUGUAAAGGAGAAGAUUAUCUUAUCACAAGAGAAGAAUAUUUUUAGACUCAACGAACUUGUCCGGAGUCUUCGGCAGCAACUACUGCUGUGCAGGUGCAAUAACGAGACCACAAAUGGCAUCUCUGGCCCUUUUACUGAACAUGUUAUUGAGGUGGAGCGAGAGCAGAUCCUGGAAGACUAGGAUAGGUUCUUAUGAGCUGUUUUUCAGUGUUUUUAGGUAAUGUUGAAACUGUAAAACUUUUGGUUUCUUGAUAACAGUAUAAAGUUUCUUUUGAAACCGAACUGCAUCUUAUCGUUGUCACUACUCACUGUGUCAGAUGUCUGUUACAGUGUCCAUAGUCAUUGGCAGACGAAUUAUUUCAGAUAGUGAUUCCUCUUUGUUA